CAGGGCUACGUCUUGAGCUCCAUCGAGGGCCGCGUGGCCGUGGAGUACCUGGACCCGAGCGUGGAGGUCCAGAAGAAGAAGUACGCCUUCAAGUGCCACCGGCUGAAGGACGUCGUCGAGCAAGUCUACCCCGUCAACGCCAUCUCCUUUCACAGCGUGCACAACACCUUUGCAACGGGCGGCUCUGACGGCUUUGUUAACAUUUGGGACCCGUUCAACAAGAAGCGCCUGUGCCAGUUCCACCGCUAUCCCACCAGCAUCGCGUCUUUGGCCUUCAACAGCGACGGCGGCCUGAUCGCCAUCGCCGCUUCCUACAUGCACGAGAUGGGCGACAUCAGCCACCCGGAAGACGCCGUCUACAUCCGCCAGGUCACAGACGCCGAGACCAAGCCCAAGUGAGUCCUUGCCACCUUUUUGGCGACGCUCCUCUCUGCCGUCAUAUGUCCAGGAUGACAAAC